CUUUUCAACAUAGAUAGAAAGAGACCCCAAACCAAUCAAGCAGGAGGUGCUAGUGCUGUGAGAGAGAGAAUAUCAUUCAGCUUUUUCUUUUUGUGUCAAAGAGCUACCCCAUAAACCCUACUAAUACCCCCACAAACCAAAAAGAACAAAAACAAAAACAAAAACAAAAACGAAGAAUGAGUGAAGCAACAGCAGAGCCAAAAUCGGGUGCGGUAAGCUCAUCGGGAGGUGGUGGUGGUGGUGGUGAGAUGUCUUUGAAAGACAAAGGCAAUGAGUUUUUCAAAGCUGGGAAUUACCUCAAAGCCGCUGCUUUAUACACCCAAGCCAUCAAGCUUGACCCUUCUAACCCCACUCUUUAUAGCAACCGUGCUGCUGCAUUUCUACAGUUGGUUAAGCUUAAUAAAGCACUUGCCGAUGCUGAGACAACAAUUACACUGAAACCCCAGUGGGAAAAGGGAUAUUUCAGGAAAGGAUGCAUAUUAGAGGCCAUGGAACAAUAUGAUGAUGCCUUAGCUGCCUUUCAAACAGCUUUGCAAUACAAUCCACAAAGUUCUGAAGUUUCAAAAAAGAUUAAGAGGAUUUCCCAGUUGUCGAGAGACAAAAAGAGAGCUCAAGAAGUGGAGAACAAGAGAUCCAAUAUUGAUAUGGCAAAACAUUUGGAGAAGUUGAAAUCUGAAAUGUCUGAAAAGUGGGGACCUGAAGAAUCCUGGAAAGAGAUUUUCUCUUUCCUUGUUGAGACAAUGGAGACUGCAGUAAAAUCAUGGCAUGAAACGUCUAAAGUGGAUCCAAAAGUCUACUUCCUUCUUGAUAAUGAAAAGACCCAGACUGAUAAAUAUGCUCCAGUUGUAAAUAUUGAUAAGGCCUUUGAAUCACCCCAUACACAUAGCAGUUGUUUUUCAUUUCUUAGGCAGUAUGCUGAUGAUUCUUUCUCCAGAGCGGCCUGUGUGGUGGCUCCCAAAAGUAUCAUAUCUUACCCACAGGUCUGGAAAGGUCAAGGAUCUAGAAAGUGGAAACAUGGGCAACACGAUGGUUUCUUUGUUCAGUUUGAGUCCCCUUCCCUGCGACAGCUUUGGUUUAUUCCCAGUUCCAGCGAAAUGGGACAAACAGUGUGCAGGGAUCCGGAGGUUCUUGACAUCAGCGUCCAUGAAGUGCUUCCACGUGUAUUCAGGGAAAUGCUGCCCAAAUCUUAAUACUCUUUCUUAUCUUGGCAUGGGAUCCAUCUCAUAAAUUUUGGAGGUCUGCUAAAGUUAGAGGGCUUUAAGUCAAAAGAAAGACACAACAUCAGCUGUAUGUGUUUUGCCUUGAUUUGGUAUGCAAGUUCCUGCUUUGAUGUGGUAAAUGCUUGCCAAUAGGUGCUUUUCUUUGUCAUAUCACUCUUGUAGUCAGCUUUAAACUCUUGCUGAAAAUUCUGCAGGCUUUUUGAGUGGUUUUGUUUUGCAGAGAAUUUUUAUUAUAUGAUUGCUUUUCCUGUAAUCUGAUGAAAACGAGGGCUUUGGCCCUUGAACUAAGUGAGUCAUUUCUGGUGCCGAUUUUAUAUUACUAACAUCAAUGUCAGGAACUCUUGGAAGUAAUUGGCUUAAAAGUGUUUAAAAUGGCUAUAUCUUAUAAAUAGUGCUAAUACAGGUAUUCCAGAUCUCCAUUUAUGUAAUUUUCAAUGAAACAAUUUUUUAUUUA